UGGACUUGCUCGUCAGGAUGGCUUCUCUCACACUACUGCUGCAUCUGCUGCUGAUGGUCACUGCUGCAUCUGCAUGGUACCAACACUACUUUGCCUCUUUUGGUGGGUCAGUGAUCUUCACUCCCAAAGGAAGGAAUUCAGAUGGAACUUAUGAGGUGGAGCUUCGACAGAGAAACAACAUUUAUGUCUACUACCACUCAUAUGAUGAGGGAACCUGCAUGACUGACAGCUGUGGGACUGAGACAGAACGCUCUGUAGAUUUUGUUACCCAUGGUUCUUAUGGUCUGACAUGGUCACUAUAUGAGGGGACAACAACUAGAAAGCUAACCAGCAACCUUCCCUUUGAAAUGAGAUACCCAUACAGCUACUACUACUAUCAUGGCAAUGGUUACUGGUAUCCAAAUGUGAGGGGUUAUUAUUCAGAAUGGAGAAUGAUGACACACGUGGACAUGGGAAUCCGAUCGGAUACGGGGCAAUCUAACAGACCUCCUGUCAUUACCACUCCUCAUAUUCUCAGAGUAACAAGUAACUGCCCUCGAUCAUUCAGUAUGAAACCUAUCGACCCUGACGGUGACCAUGUAAGUUGCAGAGUACCGACAAGUUCAAGUACAUAUGAGUGUGGGAUAUGCGGCCUUCCUGAUGGUUUCUCCUUCGAUCAGAAUUCCUGCUCCCUUACAUAUAAUGUUACUUUUCAAACUGGAUACUACCCAGUCGAGCUGGUGGUGGAGGACUUCCCAAAGAAGGUCAUCACACUGUCUUACUCCGAUGGAUCCUACACAUCAAAGUUGCCCCAAACAAUGACGCGACGUAAACGUCAAGCCACCACCACUUCUGACACAUUGACCACCACAGCUGCCUCAACCACCACAGCUGCUCCAGACACCACAACCACAACUCCACAAACCACCACAGCUGCUCCAGACCCCACAACCACAACUCCACAAACCACCACAGCUGCUCCAACCACCACAACUCCACAAACCACCACAGCUGCUCCAGACCCCACAACCACAACUCCACAAACCACCACAGCUGCUCCAGACCCCACAACCACAACUCCACAAACCACCACAGCUGCUCCAGACCCCACAACCACAACUCCACAAACCACCACAGCUGCUCCAGACCCCACAACCACAACUCCACAAACCACCACAGCUGCUCCAGCCCCCACAACCACAACUCUCCAAACCACCACAGCUGCUCUAACCACCACUCCACCUACCUCAAACGUACCGUUUUACCGACCAACAAUCCGUCCCUUAAGUGUGCUCCCACUACGGUUCACUGUUCUGGUGGACUCACACCAUGCUCCUUCAUGCCUCGAUGGUGAUUACUUUCCCAUUUUCUUGGCACCAACUCCGGUUAAUAGAGCAAAUCUUCCUGCCUAUGUCAACCACACUCUUGAAAUUAAAGUCAGUUCUAAAGCUCAGUAUGCAACGAUUCAAGACCUGAUUGUGACAGGCCCACAGGGCAUUUCAAAGGAGAGAGUCUCUACAGACACCUUCAUCAUAAAGUGGACACCAACUGAGGAAGAGCUGGAUGAUCAUUUUCUUAUUUGCUUUGUGUCUGAAGCAAGAGAUGAGUUCUACAGAAUCUAUCAUUCAGAGCUGCGCUGUGUCACUGUUGAUGUUGGCCACCAUGAGGCUGUGGUGACCUGCAAUGAAACAACUAUAAAGGUGGAAAUGGCGAAGACCUACACCAUCAGACGCAACGAGGACAAGUUGCAUCUGAACGACUUCACCGAUCCUUCCUGCAACCUCAAAAGUCACUCCAACGAAACCCAUUUGGUGGCUAUCAUGGGGCUUGGCGAAUGUGGGACCCGUGUUGAGGAAGAUAAUGAUAACAUCUACUUUAGGAAUGAGAUCACGUCGGCUGACCCAGAUCAAAUCAUUUCCAGGCACCACGAUGUUGAGAUCGCCUUUUCCUGCUCUUUUCCGAAGCGAGCCAACCUGACUCUGGGAUUUAGACACAAAAACCCGUACGCCUUUAACGAGAAGGGCUUUGGUUCUUUCAAUUUCCAGUUUGAGUUCUUCCAGAGCCAGCGUUUCAGUGAGCAAGUGGAUGCCAGCAGCUACCCAGUGGAAGUUUACCUCAAGCAGAUGAUCUUCAUGCAGAUUGAGGCUACCACAUCCAUCCCCAACACCGAGCUGUUUGUGGAGUCCUGCAGGGCAACUCCCUACGACAACCCCAACUCCCGCAUCAGCUACACUAUCAUUGAAAACGGAUGUGUGAAGGACAGGACAGUGCAAAUCUACCCCGGCUCCAAGUCUCAGUUUAGAUUUGGAAUGGAAGCUUUUGAGUUCAUCGGAGCUUAUGAGGAGGUCUACAUCACCUGUUCGGUCCUCCUGUGUGAGAUCGGCGUUCGUGGAACCCGGUGCUCUCAGGGAUGCAUAAGAUCCAACUCAUGGAACAAUCGCAGGAAAAGGGAUGCUCCAGCUGAAACAAGAAGUCACUCCAUUUCCCAGGGGCCUUUGCACCUUGUUAGGACUACAGACACCAAAGCGACUGGACCGAGCCUGAACCUGGGCCUGAACCUGGUCUUCAUCGUCGGCUGCCUGCUGGCAUGUGGAGUGGUCAUCUACCGGUCAAGAAGAGCCAAAGCUAAAUACCAAAAGCUGCCAACGUCUGAGACAGACUGAACUCCGAUCUGCCAACUCUUUUGCAUACUGGUGGUUUGAAUGAUCAUUACUCCAUCCAGUAAAAAUAAAAACUAAACUUGAUUUGAAAAGCUUAAACUCUUGUGUGGGAUGAAAAGAUUUGGGUAUCUUUGGAUGUACUUCUCAGUGUCCUAAAAACUUAAUUUAGAGCAUUUUGAACUUAAACAAUGCUUGGCUAUAUGACAGUAAUAUCCAUGAUUCGUUAGAAGUUACUUACUUGUUGUAUUUUUCUUGAUUUUAUUGCAUUUUUCAAAUCUAAAUAUAUGACCUGCUGUCAAAAUGGCUGUAAUAAAAAGUUUAUAAGCAGCUGAAAA